AUGCGGAGAACAAAACGAAAGAAGAAGGAUGGUAUCGACCCUAUAAGUACUGCUUUUGAUCAAAUGAAGAGGGUAAAGAAUCCACCUAUACGUUUGAAAGACUUUGCAAGUGUCGAAGCUAUGAGAGAGGAAAUUAAUGAAGUUGUAGCAUUUCUACAAAAUCCUCGUGCAUUCCAAGAAAUGGGAGCCCGUGCCCCUCGGCUGUUGGUGUACAAUCUAGAGGUCCAAGAUGCAUUAGGCAGUGGCAUGAUGGAGGGAGUAAAUUUGAAACUAGAUGUCAAAGAUGCAUUGGGCAGUAGCAUGAUGGUGUUGGUGCAGUGA